CAAAAUUAAAGAAAAUAUUUCUUUAGACUAAUAAAUACCCAAUAAUCUAAUGUAAUACUUAGGCAGUGCUUUUUUGAAAUACAACGAGAGAAGUAAAGGUGCUAGCGUACCUUAGAGGCAAACAUUUUAAAAUCGAUAACGUAAUAUUUAGUGUUCAUCUCAUAUACACAACAUACCAGGGCAAUGUGCAUUCAAUUUUGCAAAUUGAAAGCCCCCCAAUUAAUUACGUAAUAAAAACACCGUACAGAAUUGUGUUUGAUUGUUUCAUUAGUUCGCAAAUAACUGACACAUUCACAUAAUCAUUAUUAAUUUCUACAAAUGCUUACGAACUUUAAAACAAAAGUAAUUCUUGUGUCCAUUAAAAUACCAUAAAGAAAGAAAGAAAGAAAAAAAAGCGAACCAAAGUCCAACUGUAAAAUAGACUGUAGAAUGUUAUGGACACCGCGUCUGCAUUGGCCCUUUUAAAGGCGCUGCCAGCGAUGUUAGCGUUAGCUGCUACCGUUACAUGGUACAAUAGAUUGUAAGACAAGUGCUCCGAGAUCUUAAAUGUCAUUAAGAAACACUAAAAACCAAAAAGUGGAAGACUUGAAAUAAUGUCACAAAUAAUUUAUAAAACGUGAAAGCCAUUGUCAUCAUGAAAUUGAAGCAGUGUCAGCGACAACGAAAACAACAAAAGCAACAACAAUAACGCUAUCAUAAAAAAAACCAUCCGAUAUAUAUAAUAUUCGUUUUUAAUUUGAAUUAAAACUCUAUGAGACUUUCUGUGAUAUACUUUACAGGCUUUUUUUUGCUUUUAUUUAGAAAAUGCAUAUAAGCAAUUGCAUAUCGAAAUAGCCGAGGAAAAGAAAUUCACAAAUUGAGCGUACAGAGAGGCGCACACUCGGGCGCACGUACAAAUGCACUGCAAAUGAUUUUAUUGGGUAGCCGUUAUAUUAAACGUCGUACUUUCUUCGAUGUAACGCGAAUUUGUUAUUAUAUUCGCUUGCCUUAACAUUAAAUUUAGUGAAUUAUGUUUAAAAAUGUGUUUCAAUUUUCAUUUGUUGUUGUUGUGGUUAAUGAUAGCAUAUGAUCGAACAGCAACAACUAUCGCAUCAUCGAUUGCCUCACAGUAUUAUAAUAAAAAUCAAUUUGCUACCGAUUGUGGAGUACGACCAUCGAGACAGGAAUUACCUGUAACAGUCUCAAAUCACUCACGUACCGCGAAAAUUAUAGCUGGAACGUAUACCAAAGACGGACAAUUUCCAUGGCAAGCAUCUCUUGAACUUUUGCAUCCAUCCUUGGGAUUUUUGGGACACUGGUGUGGUGCUGUACUGAUACACCAAUAUUGGAUCCUCUCAGCUGCUCAUUGUGUACAUAACGAUUUAUUUAACCUACCUUUGCCGCCUUUAUGGACCGUGGUAUUAGGUGAUUACGACCGUGCCGUGGAGUCGGGUUACGAACAACGAAUACCAAUUGAAAAAAUUUUUUUACAUAGAAAAUACGAAAAUUUCCUGCAUGAUUUAGUGCUAAUGAAAUUAUCGAUGCCAGCGAACCUUUCAAAGAAAUCAAAUAUACGGAGAAUCUGUUUACCAUUUUUAUUUGGCGGCGUUCAAUCAAAUUCAGAUGAUCAUAGCGAGGAAACGUUGAAUGAGCAACUGAGUACAACGGCUGACUUUGAUAUAAAUGAAAUACCAGAAAAAUUUGGAAAUUUUUUACGCAGCGUUCAAACUCAGAAGCCUCAUCACAACGUUACUAUACCCACUAUGAAACAAUUAAUGGAUUUAAAGAUUCUCAACCGAUUAAAAAGAAUCAAUCAAGUUAAUCGUAUUGGCACCGUGGCACGUAUUAAAAGACGUAAUGACAGAUAUAUGAAUUUUCAACAAUAUGAUGGUGAAAAAGUUGACAUCAAUAAAUUUAAUGAACAUAGACAACAUUUACGUUAUGUUGACAAUACGAAAGAAUUACCUUACAUGGAUUGCAUAGCCACCGGCUGGGGUAAAGCUAACAUAAGCGGAGACUUAACAGAUUUAUUGCUAAAAACUAGUGUACCAUUGCACAACAAUCGAAGUGUAUGUAAUUGUUUUAGAUGUAAAGAAGCUUACGGAAGUUUUGUGCGAAUACAUCGCGGUCACUUGUGUGCGGGGAAAUUAAACGGUAAAGGUGGCACCUGUGUGGGCGAUUCCGGUGGCCCUUUACAGUGCCGCUUAACGAAAGAUGGUCCCUGGAUUUUGGCCGGUAUCACUUCAUUCGGUUCAGGUUGCGCAGUUGCAGGUUAUCCGGAUGUUUAUGUAAGAAUAUCACGCUAUAUGAAAUGGAUAAAAGAUACCAUCGCCUACGAAUGAUGGAAGCAAAACUUUUGUGAUCUUUUUU